UGGCUCGAACACCCUUACGUUCCACGCUGCCACAAAAUAACGGCUGAGUACAUUGCUCUACCACCUCCAACUGACCCUGUCAUAACUACUCGAAACAACGCCAUACUCAAACAUGUCAAAGCAUGGCAUCGGCGCAUCUUCAACCUCGACAUGAUCGACCGUGGGGAAGAGCAUGGCGUUAGGAUCGCGAUGAAAGAAGCGGAGGAAGAGGCGGAAAAGAAGGCCGUCGAACGCGAGGGCGAGAGCAAGACGGAUGCAAUGAAGAGGAGGGUGGAUAGGAUUGGUCCGUGGGCGACAAACUCAAAAGAGGCGGCAGAUGCGGAAAUGCGACAGGCUGAGGAUAAGAAGAGGCGGUUGUUGGUGGUGGUGAUGGAGGAGGAGGAGGAGGAGGAGGAGGAGGAGGAGGAGCGGGACAUGAGACAGUUUGAGAAUGCACAGGUGGGUCGUAAUGCCUCUGAGGUUUCGCUGUCCGAGUCGUUUAUGACGAUGCUUGAGCUGUCGAAAGGCGGUGCAGCGUAG